CCCCUCCCCGCUGGGUGGGAACGGCGCGCGCGAGGCCCCGCCCCUUUCCUCCGCCGUGAGGCGAUUCCCGCUCCCCCUCAGUCCCACGACGCUCCCGGGACGCCCAAGAAACCCCCGAGCCCCGGCUGUGCCCUGGGACAGCGGCGACACCGGAGCACCCCUGAACACGAUGGCUGCAGAGGGUCCCUGCGCCCCGGGCGCUGUCAUCCCCCUGCCAGCCCCUGCCGAGAGCAGCUGCUCGGACGAGUUUGCCCUGGACUGCACCUUCGCUGCCUGCGACCCUGAGCGAACAGGGAUGGUGCAGCCGCAGCGGGUGGUCGAGUAUGUGGCAGCGAUGACGGGGCACAGUGGGCACGAUGGGCGGCUGCGGGCACUGCAGCAGGCGCUGGACCCUGCGGCCGCAGGCACGGCGCUGGACUGGACCCGAUUCCGCACUGCCAUGGGCGCCUGGAUCGCAGCGUGCCGGCAGGACGGGGCCGAGGAGCAGGAUGUGGCGACUGGUGACGCUGGACCAGCACCAGUGGGUGGGUGUUGGCACAGGAAAGGGGAGUCAGGAUGGCCCCAAUGGGGACGCAAACACAGCCCACUGUGUCCCGUCCCGCAGAGGACGACGGACAUGUGUCCCCAGCAGCCGCCCAGCUCCAGGGUGACAACAUGGAUGUCACCACCCCCAGUGCCGAGACCGCGGGGCUGCGGAGCCGUGCCCGGCAACUGGCAGCCCAGAAUGCCAAACUGCAGCGGGAUGCUGAGCUGGCCGAGGAGCUCAACACCCGCCUGGCUGAGGAGAUUGCACAGCUCCAGGCACAGCUGCGAAGGUGCUUCUAAGGGCUCCCGGGCAUGGGGUCUGGAUCAGCAUCCUGGGAAUGCUGAAAUGCCAUUUGGCUCCAGCAGUAGCCGGCAGGCACUGGAGCAGGCCAGGGUGGCUAUCGAGGAGCUGGAUGAUAUGAAGGCCACAGUGAAGCAGCUGGAGGAGGAGAACACAGAGCUCCGGCGACAGGCACGGCAUGCGGAGAAGCAGCAGUAUAGCCUGGGCUCGCAAGCCGAGGCUCUACAGGAGGAGGUGAGCCUGGCACUGGGAGCUACCCUGGCGGGUCAGUGGCACAGGGAACCUCAGCCCUGUUUCACCCCUGGCAGAACCAGCAGCUCCUUGCCGAGGGCCAGGGACUGCGGGAGCAGAUCCAGGCGCAGGCAGCCCGGAUGGCCAGCCUGGAGGCCCAGCUCUGCCAUGGCACUGCCCUGCUGUCUGCCCGGGACACAGCCCUUGCCCAGGCCCUGUCCCACAGGCAGGGCAGCGGAUGCAGGAGCUAACAGCAGCACUGGAGGAGUACGAGCGGGUGGUGCAGGAACUGCGUCUGGAGACAGCGCGGCUGCGGCAGCAGCUGGGCCGGAUGCGGGACGCAUGGGCCAUGCGCCCGUGGUGCCCACGCAGCCAGCUGGACAUCCAGGCCACAGUGGCAGUGAGUCAGGUAAUGGUGGGGUCAGGGGAGACCCUGCAGGGUCCCCUCAGCCACUGACCCAGAGGCUCUGCCCAGGUGACAGGAGACAAGGAGGAGGAGGACACGGGGAUGGUGCUGUCCAGAGGAGGAGGCCUGGCGGGGAGCAGUGAGGAGGUGGCUGAGGUGGUGGCCCCACAGGCACUGUUGUCACCAUGGACACCACUGUCACCAUGGGCUCUGGCGCUGCUGGCGCUGCUGGCCCUGUUCUACCUCCUGCCACACCAGUGGCCCCAACCCCAGCUGCG